AUGACUGAAUUUAAAAAUUUGACUCUAGCGGACGACACUUACGCCGUUCCUGGAAACAUAGACAUGCUCAUUGGAGCAUCGCUUUUCCCUCAUCUGUUGUUAAACAAUAAGGUCAGGGGCAACUCCUCGCAUACCGCACCUUACGCACUGGAAACCGUAUUGGGCUAUGUUAUCGUUGGCUCCGCCCCCAUCAUAGAUAGUAUUUCGGCAACCUCUGAUUGUGGUAUGGCUGUCGAACCGCUCGAGUCGUUAGUCCGCAAAUUUUGGGAGAUGGAGGAGGUGAACGUCUCACCCAUAGCUAGCUCAGAUGACAGAUUAUGCGAGGAAAUUUACGUCCGCACGACCGUUCGUGAUCGCGACGGUAGAUAUAGCGUAGCGCUACCCUUUAAAGGAGAUGUUUUAUCUCUCGGCGAUUCGCGUCAAAUGGCGGAAAAACGUUUCUACAGCUUGGUGCGUAGGAUGCUCGCUUCAACCCAGUUAAAAGAAGCUUAUGACGGCGUCAUUAACGAAUAUAUAAGAGAAGGUUACAUAUCACUCGUGGCUUCGAAAUUAGAUAAUUACGAAGACACACCGUCGUAUUUCAUACCACACCACGGGGUCAUUAGGGAGGACAAACUUUCAUCUAAGUUACGUGUAGUGCUCGACGCUAGUGCUAAAACUAGCACUCACCUGUCGCUUAACGAUAUUCUCUAUAGUGGGCAAAAUUUACAGGGCAGUUUAAUUAAUAUAAUAGCCAAUUUUCGUUUGUUUAGUAUAGCACUAUCCGCCGAUAUUUGCCAAAUGUUUCUUUGCAUAGGGGUCCGUGAAUGCGACCGUAGAUUCCAACGCAUUUUAUAUCGUUUCAACCCAAAGGAACCUCUAAUGGUGUUUGAAUUUAAUCGCGUUUGUUUUGGUUUAAAUUCGAGCCCAUUUCAUGCGUUACGCACGUUGAAACAGCUCGCCCACGAUGAAGGUCCCGUUUACCCUAAAGCUAAGAGGGCAAUUGAGAGCGGUUUAUAUAUGGAUGAUUUUGUAUACUCGGUCGAUAGCGUGGAGGAGGCCACCCUAACCACCGCCGAGGUUAUAAGGCUCAUGAAAUUGGGUCAAUUCGAUCUUGUGAAGUGGACUAGUAAUUCGCGUCCGGUUUUAGAUACAAUCCCACUAUCACACCGUCUUUCGGCGAUAAAAGAAUUCGACGAUUCUGAUACACACAAGGUGCUCGGUCUGUGUUGGUCACCAGAGUCCGACGUGUUUAGCCUUUAG